AUGAGUGAACGUUUGAGACUAGUGGCGUUCACGGUCGGCACAUCAUUGCUUGUUCAUCUCGGAUUCGGUGUGUUCAACGGAUUUACGCUUGGAUUUGUGGCGUUGACCAUCCUUUAUGGUGCUAUUGGAUAUGGAAUGCUGCAGCUCUAUCUGAAGUACGGUGAUGGAGAGGAUAAAACACACUCUUACCAGUUGGCCUAUCUGCUAGCUGUGGUCUACUCACAGGCAUUCGUAUUUUCACUAUUCACCGUCGAUGCCAAUGGACUCGCUGCGAGUAACUGA